AUGAAAACUCUGAUGGACGACGUGUCUGCAGCACAGAGCCGGCUGGACCAGGUGGCCAAGAGCGCCAUGGACCUUCAACGAGACUUGGCACAAGCCAACGACCGCAGCCUCGUGUUCAAUGCGGAACAGCACCCAGACAUGGACAAGGAGUUAGGGAGAGAGGCACUGCUUAUAGCGGCGCAGGCCCACUUAAGGCAAUGCCGCUGUCGCAACAAGGCCGGCGAGCCGUGGCCCUUGUGGUCUACGAAGGCGGAUGAUUUGGGGGAAUACGGCACUGGAAUUGCCCUCUAUUUCAGAUUCACCAUCUCCUUGAGCAUGACAGUUCUGCUGGGUGCCUUUCUCACUCUGCCCUUGCUUUUGCUGAAUUUCACCGGUACGGGGCUCACGGAGGUGGAUGUUGGGACAGGUGAGCAUGGGAUCUUUGCUACCAGUAGUAUUGGAAACUUCCUCUCCAGCAGUGGAUCCAUCUCAUUGAGUCGCUUCGACAUCACACCAGCAGAUGUCGCCACCCUGGUGGGACUGCUCGAUGCCCUGGCCAUCGCAGCCGUGGCCCUGUUGGCGAUUUGGUUCGAACGGGUCGCCUUGCCGGCGGCUGUGAAGGCGGAGGCACUAACCAUCGUCACACCCGACGACUAUUCGAUCUUUGUGAGCAACUUACCUCGACGCCUCCCAGGGGAACUACAUCAGCAGUAUGAGCAGCUCCUACAGGAGCAUUUUGAGCGGCAGCUCAGUGCAGAAGUCACACCUGGCUUGCAACUUCAACACUUUAAAGUCAUCUCUCAGGAGGAGCAAUUCCUUUAUGAUCCACCAAAGAAGAGUUGUUUCAGCUAUUGCACACGUGGAUCCAAGGACUACCGAGGGCGCAAGGUGGGCGUCAUUGCCAGUGUGGAAGGCUCGUCAUGUUUAGUUCGCUGGCCGGAUCAUCGCGGCAACUUGGGCCUGGCAGAAGAAGUGGCCGUGGAUCGUCCUAGCGAUGCGACAGAUGGAGUGAAAGCACCUGGCUUGUUGCAGGUCAGCUUGAUCCGAGACUUUCGCGGGAAGCUGCACAGCAUGCGGAAGGUGGUGGAACGUGCCAAGAAGAUUGGUGAGCAGGAGAACCCAAGUCAAAGGGAAGCGCAAGAACAGGCAGAUGCAGAGGAAGAGUUGAACAACCUCGAUCUUGAAGACAAAGAUGUGCUGGGUGCAUUUGUCACUUUCACCUUCAUCCACUUCAAAGACUUCGUAAGCCAAGAAUAUCGCUUCUCUCGACUGCUGGGCCUCGGGCCGUGGUUACAGGGUCCCGACCAACGCUUCGGCGAGCGUGCUUUGCGUAUCUACCCUGCACCGUUGCCCAGCGACAUCUUCUGGGAGAACUUUGACUGCCCAACGACCAAGCGCCGGUUGAAGACGCUGCUGAUGGGCAUCACCUUUCUGUUAGUCCUUCUGGUGAUGGUCUUGGGGCUGAGCUUGGCGAAGUGGGGUCGAGAGCAGGCGCAGGCGCAGUCCCCGGAUUGCUCCAUCUACAAUGCCACAGUGUUGGCAUCCAAUGCGAGCGAUGUACCAGUAGACUGCUAUUGUGCAUCUGUUGGGAUUGCAAAUCUACUGCAGGACAAGCCCGCUGGAAUCAUGGAGACAUGCCAGAGCUACCUGCAGACCUUUGCCUAUGUUCAGGGCAUGAUCGUUGGUGCUGCUAUCUUCUCAUCGGUGAUCAACUUGGCUUCGGGACAUCUCAUCGCCGUGUUGGCGCACUUCAUGCAGCCGCCCAACUGGACGGCCUUGGAGGCAAGGAUCAUGGAGAUGACCUUCUUAGUGCAGCUUUUAACGCUCGGUGUGGUCGUCACCUUGGUGAAUGCCGAUUUCCAGUUUGGCCUUGGCGCAGAGAAAGGAAUCUUGGGACUCAUUGGCGCCGGUGACUUCCAGGACAUUGACCGUGCCUGGACCGCGGCCGUGGGGGUGGAGAUCUUGAUGCUUUUCAUCUUCAGCAUUUCCUCUGAGGCAGUGGCCGCCAGCUGUGUGCUUUGGUUCAAGUUUUCUUGCUGGUGCUUCAGCGGACGGAAAAAGACCUGGAAGGACAUGAAGGCUCUUUUUACCCCACCUGAGUUUGAGCUCGCACUUCGACAAGCAAGUCAGCUCAGUGCUGUGUGUGCUGCUUUGAUGUAUUCCAGCUGCUUGCCCAUCAUGACUCUGAUUUUGGCCGUCCGGCUUUUCGCCAUGUACUGGACCAGCAAGUUUGAGCUCUUGCGUGGCAGUUCCAUUCCGAAGCGCUUCUCUCACGUUUUGGCCUUGUCAGCGAGCCGCUGGGUCCAGGUGGCCGUGUUCUGUCACAGCGCUGUGGCUGUUUGGGUCUACGGCGACGCGGACCUCACAGGGACCACGCACUUGAUGUUUGACACGACCGAAGCCAACACUUAUGUGCAAGAAGUGGGCAAACUUCUCGGAAAUCAGUUGUCCAUUGUCUUGAAGAUCGUGGUGGAAAAAGCAAUGACUCCUGCAGCAAUGCCCAAUGCGGUGAUCUUGGCACUCUUUAUGUUGAUGUGGGGAAUGAAGUUGUUCUCCUUCUUCCUGGGAGAUGCGGAAUGGCAGCAGCUGAAGUCUGCUGUCCAGAAUCUCUUCGCAAAGGUGAUCCCCUGGCGAUUGGGUGGAUCGCAGAGGAGGAGCAUUUUUGAACGCCGCUUCGAUGAAGCUCCGAUGCAAGAGAUGCUUCGAAUGAAGAUCAAUCCCAGCUACGAGCUGUACCGUGCGGAGGGCUUUGAGUUCCUGAAGCCAGGGGAUGGGGAGCGCUCGAUUCAGGAGAUCUUGGCCGAAGCCAAGCGGCAGAAGGAGGAAGAAGCCAAGCAACUGCUUGCUCGAAAGCACACAGUGGAUGAGAAGCAACAGUUCCUACCUGUGCAGGUUGUCGGAAAUGCCACAGAGACUGAGUAG